GUUGUACUCAAUAGACGAGGGAAGGUAGAUCUGGUGUUCAUUAUAGAUGUAGAAAAGAGGUGCACAGAAGGAGAAACUCGAUUAACAGGGAAUGGUUCUCUCAUCUAGUUGUAAGCGAGAAAAAGAAGGGAAAAGAGAGAUAUAAAUGAUUGGUGAGUGUUCUACGAUUCACCCCUAGAUUUGGCCUACCUUCCACAUUUUGAAGCCAGAUCUUGGCCAAGCUUUCACACUUCGCAGACUGAGCUCUCCUCCAACACCGAUUCUCUUAGCAUCCAAUUAUCGGCUGUCACUUUCUCCGAUCUCCACACCAAGGCAGGCCUCAAGUCACUCGAUGAGUUCCUCAGCGGGAAAAACUUACAUCCCUGGUAUAUUUGUUGUCUGUGACUCGGGGACACCAUCCAGGGAAAGGGAAGAUUUGAUCCAUUCGAAGAAUUUUUUAUAGCAGAAGAAGGCUUGGUUUGAGUGAGGAAGCUGUAAAUGGAAGAAGUCUAUGGGAAGCUGAAGCUUCUAAUGUGGAACUGCCUUGCCAUUUGGGCAAAUUCCAGGUA